CAUGCAACCCAUUUCAUUUCAUUUUAGUACCACCAACUCACAACAUUUCCGUCCCCAAAUAUUCUCUCUCCUCCAAAAUGCUCCACCUCCUACUCACGGUGGCCCUCCUCCUAGCCGCCGCAACAACCACCACAUCAUCCCGCGAAUGCCCCCUGUGCGGCACAACCCGUGUUCCAUACCCACUUAGCACGGCCCCCUCGUGCGGUGACCAAGACUACAAAAUCCAAUGCAACAACAACUCAACACUACUAUUCCCAACCUCCAACAACACUUACCCAAUCACUUCCAUCACACCAACCAAUCAACGCCUCAUAAUUGCGCCCUCACCUUUCCUCCCCAACACCUGCAUCACAUCAGAUAUUUCCACCCAAGGUGUCCAACUCAACCAAACGGCACCGUUUAACGUCACGGGUGACAACACCAUCAUGUUCCUUAACUGCUCCCAGUCUCUCUUGGGGUCCCCACUUAACUGCUCCUCUAACAGUCUUUGUCACGUGUAUGUUAACUCCACACGUGAGGCUUCCGCGUGUGAGAGGUCGCCUAUUUGUUGUACUUUUCGUGCUGGUGGUGGAACGACGUCGUAUUCUAUUCGGGUCAGGGAAGCGGGUUGUCGGGCUUACCGUAGUUUCGUGGACUUGAACCCGAAUAAGCCCGUGGGCCAGUGGGGUCAUCCCGGGUUGAUGAUCCAGUGGACGCUACCACAGGAACCAGUUUGUAGGACUGAGGCAGAUUGUGCCGUUGAUGGUGGGAAUUCCACGUGUAGGGCUGAUAUUAACUCAGUGGGGACCAGUAGGUGUUUUUGUAAUUCUGGGCUUCAUUGGGAUGGUAUUAAUGGAAUUUGCAGUCCAAAUUAUGUUUGUGAGAAACAAGGAGGGUGUGAUGAUUCAAAUAAGGCUGCCUUAAUUGCAGGCUUGGUAUCGGGGAUAGGAGGUGCAUUUGUUCUUGCAACCAUAGUAGCAAUGUAUUACAAACGUCAACGCAGGAUAAAAGAAGCUCAAGAUCGCCUAAAGAAGGAACGAGAAGAGGUUCUGAACUCUGGUGGAGGAAGAACUGCCAAGAUCUUUAGUGGUAGGGAGAUCAAGAAAGCCACCAACCACUUCUCUAAAGACCGCCUUUUAGGCUCUGGAGGUUAUGGUGACGUUUACAAAGGUACUCUUUAUGAUGGCACACUUACUGCUGUCAAGUGUGCAAAGGUUGGUAACGCGAAAGGAACUGAUCAGAUUCUGAAUGAAGUCCGAAUCCUCUGCCAAGUUAAUCACAAGAGCCUUGUUCGUUUACUUGGUUGUUGUGUUGAGCUUGAGCAACCUAUAAUGGUGUACGAGUAUAUUUCUAAUGGUACACUGUAUGAUCACUUGCACGCGCAUAAACCUGGAGGGUAUAGCCGUCUUACAUGGUCUCAUCGAUUGAGCGUUGCUUAUCAUACUGCUGAGGCCCUUGCAUACCUCCACUUCUCAGCAAAUCCUAAUAUUUAUCAUAGAGAUGUAAAGUCAUCCAACAUUUUGCUAGACGAGAAAUUGAAUGCUAAGGUUUCUGAUUUUGGGUUGUCAAGGUUGGCUGAGACGGAUAUGAGUCACAUCUCUACCUGCGCACAAGGGACUCUUGGAUAUCUAGAUCCUGAGUACUAUAGGAACUAUCAGUUGACAGAUAAGAGUGAUGUUUACAGCUUUGGAGUCGUACUGUUAGAGCUUUUAACAUCACAGAAGGCUAUUGACUUUAAUCGAGAAGCUGAUGAUGUUAACUUGGCUAUGUAUGUUAAGAGGUUGGUGGAUGAGGAACGGAUGCUGGAUGCUGUAGAUCCUCUGUUGAAAGAGGGAGCUAGCAGCAUGGAGAUAGACACUAUGAAGGCGUUAGGAUUUCUUGCCAUUGGGUGCUUGGAGGAGCGCAGGCAAAACCGGCCUUCCAUGAAGGAAAUAGCAGAAGAAAUUGAGUAUAUAAUCAGCAUUGCUACAGCUAAGAAAUUGUAGACUAGUUGCACAACUUUCUGUUUAGUUUCAGAUACUGAUUUAAAUCAAAACUUUCGCGUCUUUUUACUUUGUUUAGUGUAAUUGUUAGUUAUUAUAUGAUGUAUUGGCUUCUUGGAAUGGAAUGCGUUUAUGCACAGCUUCCAUACUGACUAUGAAAUCUAAUACUUAGAAGGCUUCAACUUAAUUUGUUACAAUA